AUGCAACUGAUAGCUAGUCAUGUUAUUUACAGACAUGGAGAUCGAACACCUGUCACGACAUUUCCAACAGAUCCAGUAAAGCCAAGCGAUUGGCCUAAUGGCUUGGGUCAAUUAACAAUUGCUGGUAUUGAACAACAACAUCGUCUUGGUGGAUAUCUUCGUACUCGUUACGAAUCAUUACUUAGUUCAACUUAUACGGCAAGCGAAAUUGUCGUUCGUUCAACAGACCUUGAUCGAACAUUAAUGUCAGCUCAAGCAAAUCUUGUCGGUCUUUAUCCAGUACUUAAUUUUACUAAUGAUCCAUUUCCAAUACAACCAAUUCCAAUUCAUACAGUAUCAGCUCAUCAAGAUUUUUUACUUGGUGCAAAUGAUUGUCCAAGAUAUGAUCAACUUGAAGAUGAAGUUGAUCAAAGUGAUGAAAUGAAAAAAAUGGAUGAAUAUUAUGCACCAUUUUUUAAAAAACUUGAAGAAUUGACAAAUGUGACUAAUAUGACAGUAUAUAAUGCUUGGGAUAUAGCUGAUACAAUUUUUGUUGAACAUAUUUAUAAUAAAGCUCCAGCAUGGGCAGACGAUGCUGUUCGACAAAAUUUAUCUAAUAUUAAUGACUUUGCAUUUCAUUUUCUUUAUGAAAAUAAUGAUACCAAACGAAUUCGAGGAGGUCCAUUAGUACAAGAUAUCUGGUUAAAUAUGAAUAAUUCAGUACAUGGAAAAUCUUUUUACAAAGUUAAAAUGUAUUCAGCUCAUGACACAACUGUCAGUCCAGUUCUUUCAUUUCUUGGUAUUAAUUACCCUCAUCAACCACAGUAUGCAUCAGCUAUAUUUAUUGACCUCUAUCAACAAAAUUCAACAUAUUUUGUUAAAGUUGAAUAUUUAAAUGUAACAGAUUCAAAUGUAUCUUAUCCAUAUUUAUUAAAUGAUUGUCCAACAAUUGAAUGUCCAUUUGAUAAAUUUACAAAUAUUUAUCAACCUCGUUUUCCAGAUAUUGCGGAUAUUGAAUGUGCAAAAAAAGACCCGCCUAUGCCACCAUCUGAUGGUAAUAAUAAAAAAUUAAUAACAAUUCUUGCUUUUGUUAUUGUUGCUGUUAUUAUUAUGAUAUUUGUGAUAUUUUUAUGUCUUUAUUUACGAAAAACUGAUCGUGAUCCACCUCUUUUAGGACUUGAUCGAACAGUACAAUCAGCUUGA